CCUAAUUUCAACUGGGGUGGUGUACCUGGAGCAGAUAUAAAAGAUCAGAUAGACCAAGCAUAUCGUGAAGUCGUUCAUUGGAAACGGAAUUUAUUUCAAGUGCCUUACGGAUCCUCUGGUGGACACUUCGUUUCUGAACUUACAAGGCUAUUUUAUGCAUUUGCAAAUGAAUCUGAUCUCGAGUCAGUCGCAAUAACUGCUGCUAUGCUCAUGCCUCAUCUGUUGCUCCAAAGACCUCACACUAGAUCCAGUGUACAACAGAACUCCUCUUGUUUAAGUCGUCGAUUGGAAACCUGGAAAAAGGGUGACAUAGGAGGUUUGAUUGCAGAAGGCAGAACGAUCCAGUCUCAUCUUCGAUGCCACAGUACUCGGAAUUGUCCUCAGGAUAGAGAGUGUGAUCAAUCAAGAAAAGUUGCACUUUUGUUGCAAAAGGGAAAUAUCAAUGCUGCCCAGCGACUCCUAUCAGAUGAGGACAACUGUGGUUUGCUAGAACUAGACGAAUGUAUUCCUGGCUCUCACAAGUCAGUUAGAGAUGUUCUGAAAGACAAACACCCUGACCCAGCUCCUAUGUUUAAGGAAGCUGUCCUGGACUCCAAAUCUCAGGCACCUCCUACACAUCCCAUUCUCUUCGACAAGAUUGAUGGCUAUCUCAUUCGUGCCAUGUCACUUAAAUGCCAGGGUGCUGCAGGUCCAUCAGGCUUAGAUGCGGCUGCAUGGAGACGUUUGUGCACUGGAUUCAAAGUCUUGUCUAGAAAUCUCUGUGACUCAAUAGCUUCAACAACUCGCAGGAUUGCAACGCAGUUUAUCGACCCGAGUGGGAUUUCGGCUCUGGUUGCUUGCCGGCUAAUACCCCUGGACAAGAGACCUGGUGUCAGACCAAUUGGAGUUUGUGAAACACUUCGUAGAAUAAUUAGCAAGGCUGUCCUGAGUGUGGUAAAGUCAGAUAUUUUGAACGUAGCCGGACCCCUACAACUCUGUGCUGGUCAGAACGUCGGAUGCGAGGCUGCCAUACACGCUAUUCGAGGUAUUUAUGAUGAAGAUGAAACAGAGGCCGUGCUAUUUGUAGACGCAACCAAUGCUUUCAAUACUUUGAACCGUCAAGUUGCUCUGGCUAACAUAUCUGUCAACUGCCCAGCCAUCUUUCCAAUCUUGGCCAACACGUAUCGACAACCUUCUUCAUUGUUUGUAGGUGGAGAAACGUUGCUUUCUAGUGAAGGAACAACUCAAGGAGAUCCCUUAGCGAUGCCAAUGUAUGCUCUGGCCACAAUUCCACUUCUAAAGAGUGUGCAGACGAAUGGUACAAAGCAGGUAUGGUAUGCAGAUGAUGCAGCUGCUGGAGGCUCGCUAGACUGUCUACAUAAAUGGUGGAACAGGUUGGUUGACUUAGGUGCUAUGUUUGGGUAUCUUCCAAAUCCCAAAAAGUCAUGGUUGCUAGUGAAAUCAGGAAAUAUUGACAAAGCUACACAUCUCUUUGAAAAUACCAAUAUCAACAUUACUACAGAAGGACAAAAGUACCUUGGAGCUGCUAUUGGAAACAAAGAUUUCUGCAAUAACUUCCUGCAAGAAAAGGUGACCAAUUGGAAGUUACAAGUAGAGCGACUCAGUUGCAUUGCCCAAACUCAACCACAAGCUGCUCACUCGAUAUUCACACGGGGUCUGAUUGGACGCUGGAAAUUUGCACUCAGAACCAAUGAAAACUUUGCAGCGUACCUUAAUCCUCUGGAGGAGGCGUUACGAUCCAAACUGAUUCCCGCCAUAACCAAUAGAAGUACUCCAGGAGACAAGAUGAGAAGGCUUUUUGCAUUACCACCUCGACUAGGCGGCCUUGGAAUUGUAGAUCCACGUUCGUUGACUUGUGAGCUGGAAUACUCAAAGUUAAUUUGUGCGCCACUGGUCAACCGAAUUGUGCAACAAGAAACAAACCUGGAUAACGUUCCUACCAAGCAGAAUUCUAUGAAAGCUAGCAUUCGCCAGCAAAAACAUCUAGCACAAAAGUCUCAUUCUGAAAUCACUGUCAAUGAUCUAUCUGUGGAAUUGAAACGUUCAGUUGAAUUGGCCUGUGAGAAGGGUGCCUCCUGCUGGCUGACCGCAAUCCCACUAGAGCAACACGGAUUCACUUUGCACAAAUCUGCGUUUCGGGAUGCCCUGUGCCUCAGAUACGGUUGGCACCCGUCCAACCUCCCAGACAUAUGUCCAUGUGGAUCUAAAUUCUCAGUAGAUCACUCUCUGUCAUGUCCAACAGGAGGAUACCCCAGCAUCCGCCAUAACGAGGUCCGCGAUUUAUUUACCAACUUGUUGACAGAGGUUUGCCACGAUGUACACAAAGAGCCCGUUCUGCAACCUCUCAACGGCGAGGUGUUUCAAAAACGCUGUACUACCUCUGACGAAAAUGCCAGACUUGAUAUUGCUGUCAGUGGAUUUUGGGGUGGGCACUUCCAACGAACUUUCUUUGACGUCAGGGUCUUCAACCCUAAUGCCUCAUCCUACAAAUCAGUGCAGAUCCCGUCAUUAUAUAAACGGCAGGAACAAGAGAAGAAAAGGCGAUACGAGGAACGAAUUAAUAACGUGGAGCUUUCAUCGUUCACGCCAAUCAUUUUAGCAUGCACUGGAGGAUGCAGUAAACUGACGUCUAUUUUUUUGAAAAGACUAGCCUCACUUUUAUCGGAAAAGCACCACACCGAGUACAGCACAACUAUCAACUGGCUGAGAUGUCGACUGUCAUUUGCACUCCUUCGGGCCUGCGUGAUGUGUUUGCGAGGAUGCAGGUCCAAGCUUCACAGAACCUCAAGGGACUUCAACAUUCUGCUGGAAGCAGCAGAAAGUAGAUUAUAGAAGACUGUUUAUCUCAAAGUUGUUACAACCUAGAAACUUGUUGCUAUAGAGGAAGCUUUUACAUACAGUAGUAGUAUUUUGAAAAAAGUAGUAGAGAUUUUAUUAUUAUUAUUAGUAGUAGUAGUAGUAGUAGUUUAUUCAAGUAGUAGUAGUAGUAGUGUGUUAGCAGAUGCCGUUUGAUUGUUCAAAUACACCAGU